AUGGGUAUUGAUCACACUACCAAGCAACAUAAGAGAUCUGGUCACAGAACCGCUCCAAAGUCCGACAAUGUCUACUUAAAGAUGUUGGUCAAGUUAUUCACUUUCUUGGCUCGUCGUACUGAAGCUCCAUUCAACAAGGUUGUCUUGAAAUCUUUGUUCAUGUCCAAGAUUAACAGACCACCAGUUUCUGUCUCUAGAAUCGCUAGAGCUUUGAAACAAGAAGGUGCUGCUAAGAAGACUAUUGUUGUUGUUGGUACUGUUACCGAUGAUGCCAGAAUCUUCGAAUUACCAGCUACCACUGUUGCUGCUUUGAGAUUCACUCAAUCCGCCAGAGCCAGAAUUACCAAGGCUGGUGGUGAAUGUAUCACUUUAGAUCAAUUAGCUGUUAGAGCUCCAAAGGGUCAAAACACUUUGAUCUUAAGAGGUCCAAGAAACUCCAGAGAAGCUGUUAGACACUUCGGUAUGGGUCCACACAAGAACAAGGCCCCAAGAAUCUUAUCUACCGGUAGAAAGUUCGAAAGAGCUAGAGGUAGACGUAGAUCUAAGGGUUUCAAGGUCGUAGAUUAG